UUCGCUCGAUAAGAACGCGAACCAAACCGUGCUUGUUGGGUUGGCUGUGCAAAAGAAUUUCCACAUAUAAUAUUUACUUAAUUGUCAAUAGCAAUGAGGCAUCGCGUUUCAAUUGCUUUAAUUACAUAUAUAAUCGUGAAUAAUGUUAAUUAGGCUGUGCCAACAUAACUUUCACAUAUUCGACCUGCUUGUUUUCAGCGCUGCCAUAACGCUUAUAGUCUACAUUUCGCUACCUCAACGAUUUGCACUACGCUAUGACUACAUUCCCCAGGAGCACUUCGAGGAGUCGCUGCUGGCGGCGACCACACCCAACAUCUCCGCCUCGCAACUGGCACCCGACUGCAGCUACAAGGAGGUGAUUGCCGACAGCCGCUUUGUCUACGAUGCUUUCCAUCGCGAGAAGAUUCAUCGUGGCGAGGAAAUCCGACUGGGUGGCGAAUACCAACCGGAGGAUUGCCGUCCACGUUUCAGCACAGCCAUCAUAGUGCCGUAUCGGGAUCGACAGGAGCAGCUAGCGGCGUUUCUCAGCUACAUGCACAACUAUCUGCGAAUGCAGUUCAUCCAUUAUCGAAUCUUUGUGGUGGAGCAAAGCGAUCGAAAGCCCUUCAACAGAGCCAUGCUCUUCAACAUUGGCGCUAAGGUGGCAGCUAGCUAUGACUAUCCUUGCUUAAUACUGCAUGAUGUGGACUUGAUGCCACUGAAUUCCGGCCAGAUCUAUGCGUGCUCCAAGCUGCCGCGUCACAUGAGCUCCGCACUCGACAGUUGGCGCUUCCAUUUGCCAUAUCGAACGCUCUUUGGUGGCGUCGUGGCCAUGAGUAUGUCACAGUACAACAUGGUUAAUGGCAUGUCCAAUUUAUAUCACGGCUGGGGCGGCGAGGAUGAUGAUCUGUAUGAGCGCCUGAAAGUGCUUGGCGUGGAUAUUUGUCGCUUCGAUCCGGCGUACAGUGAAUACACAAUGCUGAAGCACAAACAGGAGACUCCCAAUGAGAAUCGCUUGGCACUGCUGCGAGCUGCUUCGCUGCGCAUGCACUCCGAUGGUCUCAACUCACUUGUUUACAAGGAAGUUGAGCGCAGGAUGCACAGCCUCUUUACGCACAUUCUGGUGGAGACUUAGGAAAAGGAGUACAAGACACACACACACACUCAAAGAUACAACUUGCCUUCAGCUUUGCGACACUGGAACAAUUUGUUAAUUAGCUUUUAGUGACAACUUAAUACUUAAAGAAAUAUAUAUCUCGUAAACAUAUAGAAUGAAAUGAAUGUCAACCAAAAGAAAAAAAAGAUAAGAUACAAACAGCACUGUUAUAGCAUAAUGCAUAUUUUAAAUUUGUUGUAGGUUUUUUUGAUUAUGCUUAAUUGUAAUAGCAGAUGAUAAUGAAUUAUUAUUGA